UUCAGGAUAAAUUGAUUGAUCCUAAAACUGUAACUCAUUUGUUCCGAAUUAUAAAUAAACAUUGGAUGCGUUAUGACUGGAAUGACUGCUGAUGGUCAUUCUCAAGUUUAUAGAGCUAGAGCUGAAGCAUGUGAAUAUAAAUACAAACAUGGUUUUGAAAUGCCUGUGGAAACAUUGUGUAGUCGUAUGGCUGAUAUUUCUCAAGUAUACACACAAAAUGCUGAAAUGAGGCCACUUGGAUGCAGUAUAAUAUUAAUUGGGACUGAUGACAGAAAAGGACCUAUAGUGAACAAGACGGAUCCUGCAGGAUAUUAUUGUUCAUUUCAUGCUAUUGCAGUUGGAACAAAACAAACAGAAGCUAAUACUUAAUUAGAAAAAAAAUUGAAAAAAAAGAAAGAAUACUCAAAAGAUGAAGCUAUUGAAUUGGCCAUAUCAUGUUUGUCAAACGUUUUAGCUGAUGAUUUUAAACCUAGUGAUAUUGAAGUUGGUAUUGUAACAACCGAGAACAAGCAAUUUGAGGUCUUAAGUGAACAAGAAGUAGAUCGUCAUUUAACUCAAAUUGCUCAAAGAGAUUAAGCAAGUACAUUCAAAAUAAAUCUGAAGUAAAAAUAUAUCAAGAUGUCUGAAAAAGACUCUGAGAGCAACGAUAGAUCUAGUACUCGUUCUGGGAUGAGUCGCCAAUCGUCAAUGUUUGGAAAUCAGAUGGAUAAAGUCGUCUGCGUUGCAAAUGAUGAUUCAAUCAACAUCGAAUUUGUAUAUUAUACUGCAAUGUUAAAGAAGUUUGCACCCAACUUGAGCAAAGAAAAAGAUAAAGAGAAGGUUAUACCAUGGAUCAGGAAACUAUAUGCGGCAGAAUAUGCUACAGAGUUCUUUAAAGUUAAGCGCAACAGAUAUCUUUUCAACAUGAUUUUGUCUAUUCUCAAUGAUGAAAUGUAUGGUGUUUUUAAGUCGAUUCCCCCUAUUGGUCCCCUAAAGUCACCAGAAAGUUUUACAAUACCUACUAUUCCAUUGGCCACGUGGGAAGCUGAUAACAUGUGGGAAGAAAUGUUAAAGGACGAAGAUAUUAACCCAUCCAUUUGUAGCAUACACGACAAAUGUCCAGAAGAAGAAGAAGAAGAAGAUGGCGACGACCCUGAGGUAGUUAUAGAUACAACAAACAUGUCUCAAGAAGAUAAGGACCAGUUGGCUGAAGAUGCAAAUGUCAAAAAGAACGGUCUAAAGACUAAUAAGAAUAAAAAAGAAUUGUUCAGUUCAUUACUUGAUUGGGAAUUUCAAUAUCUCCUUCAUAUUGCUCGACCUUAUGCUGCCCUAAUGACUACCGUACAAGACAAGACCAGAGUGGCGAAAUGGUUACAGAAGUUGUGCGGUGUACGCAUGGAUAUAGCGUGUUCACAAAUGAAAGGUGUGCGGAACGAUUAUAUGAUGGCACUACUGGGCUACUUAUACGAUUUGCGACUUACCGGACCGUUUGAACAUCCUCCACCUGAUGGACCACUGGAAAAUUUAGGAAAUGCUAUGGAAAAAUUAAAAGCCGAUUAUCCUUUAACUGUACCCACACAGUUUGAUGUUAAUGAGUUUUUGUCUGACCAACCGAAGCCAGCUGACGGAGGUGCCUUUUGUUACAUUGCCAUUAGUGGUGAUUUACAAGCAACAAAUUUAAUAAAAUCAAAACCAGUGCAAACUAAAGACUGUCAAAAAUAAUAUGACAAGUAUGAUAAAUAUAAUUCCAAGAUAAUAUACAUGUUAUAUUGAAUAAACAAUGAUACUUGAAACAA